UAAAGGAGGUGGGACUGGAAGGAGCUCUGUUCACCCUGCUGGACCGUGAGUCAGAUCCUGGUCUGAUGAGGGACAUCCAGGAGACUCUGGUCCACAUGAUGGCGUCCAGCGCCACUAGUGGGAAACUGGGACACUGGCUCAAACUCUGCAAGGACGUUCUGUCUGCAACCACGGACUGUCGGGCUCCUGUGGAGGCGCAGCAGGAGGACGAGGAGGCGGACCCCAGCAGAGACGACGACUCCUCCGCCUUCAGGGCUCGUUCGGAGUCCGGUGGCCCGUUCACGGCGCUGCGCUGGGCCACGCGCCGCUUCGCCAUGGAGUGCGUGUGCCGCGUCAUCGCUCAGUGUGAGACUGCGGACGCAGCGCACUUCGACAUGGCUCUGGCUCAGGAGCGCCGCCUCCAUGAGUCCACCGACUUCCUGGUCCUCCAUCUCGGCGACCUGGUUCGCAUGGCGUUCAUGGCGGCGACGGACCACAGCGAACAGCUGCGGCUGGCGGGUCUUCAGACCCUGCUGGUGAUCAUCAGGCGCUUCUCCGCCAUCCCUGAACCCGAGUUCCCCGGUCAUGUGAUCCUGGAGCAGUACCAGGCCAACGUAAGGACCACUGCAUCACCAGCACCUUGUCUCAGUCAGCGCAGGGUCUCAGUCAGCACCUUGUUUCA